ACUAUAUCGCUACUCGGUAAGGAAUGCCAACAAAUGUUUGGUGUCAAGUUUGUUUUGUUGUUGGUCAAAAUAACUUUGUCAUCAUGUCACCUGUAGACGGAACAUUUGACUGAAAAGCAACAAGCUAGCCAAGUGACGAUACUCUGCGAAGAAGGGAAUAGAGAUUCGGAGACCACCAUGGCUGACAUUGCCACGGAAACCAAGUAUUGCUCCAACUGCAAGAAGGACAUCUCUGCAGCCAACUUCACCAUGCAUGAGGUCCACUGUCGGCGCCACAUCGUCCUGUGUCAGCACUGCGAUGACCCUGUUCCCCGGUCUGAGAUGGAGGACCACUUCAGUGAGCACCAUGCCAAGGUCUCCUGUAGUCAGUGUGGGGAAGAGCAGGAGAAGACACAGCUACAGGAGCACAUGGAGGGCGCCUGUAGCAAGAGGCCAAUACGUUGCGUCUACUGUGAGCUGGAGCUGCCUCGGUGUGACGUGAACUCCCACCAGGACUACUGCGGCACCAGGACGGAGCCCUGCCCAAAGUGUGCCCAGUUCAUCAUGAAGAAGGACCUGCUUCAACACGAGGCCAGCAAUUGUGACUAUCCAGCCCCCAAACCCGCCACAAACGGCCAUGAGGGGGAUCGGGAUAGAGACAGAUUUGUGGACUUUCCCGAAUAUGGUUAUGAGUUUGCGGAUGCCGGGUUUGACAAUGCGUUUGCAAUGGAUGAACUGUCCAGGAUGAUGGAGAACACCAGGAUGCAGGGGACUCUCAACUCCCAGCUUGAUAUUCCUGGGUUCGGUCGGCCGAGGAAUGUUCCGGGAACACAGGCCAGGUCGUACACCAAUAAUAACACCACACGCACCCGGAAGAGCACAACCAACAGAAAGUCGGAACUGAAUAGACAGAGGCAGAGAGUUUCGGAGCCGGAUCCUGCAGAUGAUGAAGACGUGGAUGAGGACCUGAUGCUGGCCCUGAGGCUCCAGCAUGAGGAGGACCAGGACAUCGGACACCUCAUACGCCAGAUUGAGAAGACCUCGCCACCGGUCCAGACCCCGGUCUCACCUGCUACAUCCCCUGCUAAUGUGAACACCUUCCCUGAUGAUGAUGACUUAAUUCCCUGUGAAUUUUGUGGCGAGCCAUUUCCUAUUGACAUCUUGGUGCAACAUCAGAGUACCUGUGACCCGUUGUCCACUGGCAACUGGAACGAGGACACCAGCUGGAGGGGGGAGCGGAACAACGAGGUGGAAGGGGGUUCGCGAGGAAGGGGCAUAGCAAUACCUGUGAUCAACAACCUGGACAGCCAGUGGACAGCGCCGGUUCGGGAAAUCCCCAUCCAGAGGGAAUGGGAGAGCCCACCUCUCACGCCCCCUGGUGACUUUUUAGAUGAGGCAGGGGAGGUAAUUCUUCCAUGCGAGUUCUGUGCGGAGCCUUUUCCUUAUGAACUUCUUAUUCAACACCAGUCUGUGUGUGACCUCAACCCCACCAUGACGCCCCGGGUUCAAACCCCAGCAACCCCAUCACAAGGAAAACCUCAUUUGCGGAACAAAAACCUCCUGUCGCUAACUGCCCAAGAAAUGUUGAUGGGUGAGUCAAGGUCACAUCGGCACCAAGGUCUUCCAACAUUCGGUGAGGACUCGGGAGAUGAGAUCAUCGACCAUUUGCAAGGAUCAAGGAAUGGUGGAAGGCCUCGCAACAGUGGUGCUCGGAACAACACCCCAAGUUCCAGGUCUGUUGCUAGCAAAUAUGGUGCAGCAGUCAAUCGUUUUGAUGAACAUUUGACGAAAGGGUCAAGGCCAUCCCAGAGGUCACGUGAUGAUGUUAGUGGUCGGACAUCUAACUCAGACAGGGCUGGUGGGAGAACAGGAAACUCCAGACGAGGCAGCGAGACCCGGACUCGGAGUACACUGGACGAGUUGCUGAAGGAGCCCGAUGCCGACAACGACCUUCUAGUCCCUGUAGGAAGCUCAAAGAAGAAGGCAGCCAAAAAUGAGGACAACUUGGUUAAACGUGGAUCUACAUCAACAGGUGCCAAGAAGAAGCUGGCUACCAGCACCAGUGCCUCUGCCCGCGACGUGAUGCGGGAACUCAACCGUCCAACCAAUCCCCCUUCAAACAGUCACAAGCCCAGUAGGAGAAGAACAAAUGGAAGCCUCAAUGAUGAUAGCACCCCACCAUUUCAAAUCCAGGCUGUAGGUCAACCUCGUCCCAGACAUCGCACGACCCAGGUGUUUAAUCCUGAGGUCAGGGGUCCGAAUAGUGAAACCAGAUCUCGGAGAAAGCCUCCCACUCGGAGACCAUACGAAGAGGAUGAUGAUAAUAUAUGAAGCCCAUCCAAGAUGCCAAUCCAGCGAUGACCUGUCAGCUUCUUAGUAGCAAAUAUUUUGCAUUUUCCUGCGUUUAGUCUUGCAGUCGUGUCCAGGAGAAGUUGAAGGUCACAUUGCCUCCCAUUGUAUGUCCUUGUCAGUACUUCACGGGUUGGUAUACACUACGUUCCCUAACAAACCCUUUUGUCUUUAGUUGGUUUACAGAUUUGACUCAAUGCAUGUCAUUGUACCCCAAUUGCAUAGAUCUAUAUUCAUGAUGUCAAUCACUGGAUUGUCUUGUCCAGACUUAAUCAUUUACUUACCGCCGUCAUAUAGCUGGAAUAUUGCUUGGUGUGGCCUGACCACCUGAUCCCGUUAGUCGCCUCUUACGACAAGCAUAGUCGCCUUUUACGGCAAGCAUGUCGGCCCAAUGUAUUCAUGGGAGUAUGAGGUGAAUGGGGUUUAAUGUUGUGUUGGAGAUUAUUGCACUUUUGUCAGUGAGUGAGAAUGGUUUUGACGACGCUUUUUGCAAUAAUCCAGCAAUAUCACGGCUGGGGACACCAGAAAUGGGCUUCACA